AGGUUGAAGUCUCAUGCCUGCUUUGGAAACAUCGCUGCUCUGAGCUGAUAAUAAGUGAUUUUAUUUCCUUUAAUGUUUAUAACUGCGGGGUGAGAAUGACAGGAAGGUGUUUUCAUGAGUUCCGCUCGCAUUAGAGAGAUUAAUCACGACUGCUGUGGAGGGCUAGAUAAAGUGGACUUUAGCAAGGCAGACAUGUCUGUGUUGUUUGAGGUGACGAAGCACAUCGAUGUGAGAGAGCCCAGCUUCUACCUGGCUGUCUUCAGCAUUAUCCUCAACCCGGUCUUCUGGAACGUGGUUGCCAGAUGGGAGCACAGAACACGGGCUCUGACACACAUCUUUAAAAGCCCAUAUGUGGCCUGCUACUGCCUGGGCGCUGUCAUUCUGCUCCUCAAUGUUUACCGCAGUCACAGUUUUGCAGUUGCAAUGGAGAGCCAACCUAAGAUGGAGCUGCUGGACCGAGUGCAGGUGUAUUAUCUGGGUGCAUCUCUUAUGCUCGUUGGCUCGCUUUUUGUUAUCAGUAGUUUCCUGGCCCUGGGCUUCACUGGGACUUUCCUCGGAGAUUACUUUGGUAUCCUGAUGGAGGAGAAAGUGACCGGCUUCCCCUUUAACCUCAUGGAGAACCCAAUGUACUGGGGAAGUACGGCCAACUACCUAGGCCUGGCCUUAAUACUGAUGGCCCAAAAGAGAAACCUGCCAGGAAGUGAUGAACAUUUAUGUGGGCUUGAAUCUAUGUACGACUUCAGACUGAGCUUCCUGAAUGUUACUCAGGAAUGCCAGUCCUGUAGGAGUUCUUCUCACUGCAGUGGUGGCAUUGUGCUACAGAGUGGCUAUUGCAUACGAGGGACCGUUCACGGAGAAAAUCUAUCUGCAAAAGAGCCCUUCCUGCAAACACAAAUAGUUCUUGAGUGUGUUUGCCUGAGGAUCCGCAGCCGAGGCAGAGACCUUCCAGACUCCACCCUGAACAUGUACUGCUCGUGAAAAAGCUGCAUUGAGGACGAACCAUUGCUUAAUGUCACCAUUUUUUUUUAUCUCUAGGAUUAAAGCAACAAAAGCAAACCUUCAUUAGCCUUCUCUAGGUCAAUUUCUUGUUCUAUCUGAGGGCAAACAGAAACCAUAAUGUGAAAACUGUUUCAAUUAUGUUUAUUGCAAAUGGUUAUUAUUCAGCUGUUUUAUAUCUCUUAAGAUUUAAUUUUAUUUAGGAUAAUCAGAUAAAGGCAGAAAAAACUGAGCCAAACAAAUACUGUAUUUGCUUGUAAAUCAGUCAGUGGUUCGAACAAAUAAAAACUCAGUCUGACCCAAAA